UGUUUUUGUAUGGUGUUGGGUGAAACUUUUGGUUUCUAGACAGACUGCCAUGCAAAAUACUUUUUCCGUUCCGUUUCAAAGUUUUCUUGUACAACUAAAACGAACUUGGGACCGCGCGUGUAAGGAUGAUGAAGGAAGUACCAUCUCAGUGGCAGAGUUAUGUGUUGGUCUACAGUAUUUGAUGGAGAAGGCUGAUAAGGAAAGAGAAAGUCGAAAGAUUCCACGUGCAAGUAUUUUAAGGGAUCCUUUCGUUCUUAUCAACUUGAGGCAUUAUUGUAUGUUAGCUCACGGAGCUUAUUCAGACAGUGUGACCGCCAUAUGUUCGAAAACACCGUUGGUGGAAAGUGACAUUGUUCAGUUUCAACUCGUUUCCAAGCAAGAGCAGCCAGCAUAUUUUUUAGCAGUAGAUCACUUAACUAGAAAUAUUGUGUUAUCUGUUUGUGGAACCAAGAGUUUCCAAGAUGUACUCACUGAUGUUAAUGUCGAGACAACAGAGUUUCUAGAUGGAUACGGACCCAAGGGAAUCGUUGCAGCAGUUUAUUGGUUACAGGAGCAGGUAAUGGUUACUAUUAUUGACGAAAUGUCAAAGUAUCCGGAUUACGGUAUCGUAUUGGUCGGUCACAGUUUGGGUGGUGCUGUGGCUACUUUACUGGCAUUACUUGUAAGAAAGAGAUAUGGAAUAUCCGUAGCUUGUUAUAGCUAUGCACCGCCACCUUGUAUAUGCCCUUCAUUUGUUCCUCUUACCAAAGAAGGUGGAGUAACCACUGUUAUUUUGGAUACUGACUUGAUCCCUCGCUUCAACCCUGAGUCAUUGGAUCUUUUGGUAGAACAGUUGAGAACAUUGGACUGGCAGCAAGUAUAUUUUAGUAAUUCCGAGUUGCAUUCAAAGUUAUUUGGCGUUGCAGUUAAUUAUUUGGGAGAAGAGACGACACAUCAACUUUCUCGACAAGUUUCAAACUAUUUACGAAAGGGACUACGCAAAGGUUCACAACAAGCGUUAGACUUUGGCAAGAAUAUUCUUCUAAGCAAAUUCGCUGAUAAUGGGAAUGUGAAAGAAAUAUCAAAGUGGCAGAAAACAGUGACCGAUAUUGGUCGUUCAUGUUGGUAUCAAUGCGAGGUAAAUACCAAAGAGAUGAAGCCUCUUAAACUCGCUGGAAAUAUAUGGCACAUUCAACGUGAAGAUAAGCGAUAUUUCGGUGUUGUAAGUGACCAAGGAGAGUAUUGGAAUAGAAUAGAACUUUCGCGCCAAAUGUUACAAGAUCAUCGUAUUUCUCAAAUACAAUUAGCUUUACAGCAAAUGCAAUUAGAAGAAUAAAAUAAUAGUUGUACAGUGAUGGCCGAAAUCAUUUUUUUCCUCUCGAAAAAAUGGCGCAGUGUUUUGAUAAAUCCGAAUGUUACAAA